UUCUUCAUAUAUGCAACGGAGAACACAAGAAAAGAAAGUCGUACAAUUCCCGUAAAAAGAGGGUGACAGAAAGGAAGAGCGAGUGCCCGUGGAGAGAAUGGCGGUGGCGGUGCUGUGGGGGACUUUGAAGCACGCGAUCGAGGCCUACACGGGGCUUUCGCCGGCGACCUUCUUUACCUUGCUGGCCCUCGCCGUGGCCUUCUACUACGUCGUCUCCGGCUUCCUCCAGCCCCCGCCCUCCCUGAGGAAGCGCGAGGCCAAGUUCGAGGCCGUCGAGCCCCUCCCGCCCCCCGUCCAGCUCGGCGAGAUCACCGAGGAGGAGCUCAAGGCCUACGACGGCUCCGAUCCUAAAAAGCCCCUCCUCAUGGCCAUCAAGGGCCAGAUCUACGACGUCACCCAGAGCAGGAUGUUUUAUGGACCUGGUGGCCCAUAUGCAUUAUUUGCAGGUAAAGAUGCUAGUAGGGCAUUGGCAAAAAUGUCCUUUGAAUCGAAGGAUCUGACUGGCGAUAUUUCUGGGCUUGGCCCUUUUGAGCUUGACGCACUGCAGGACUGGGAAUACAAGUUCAUGAGCAAAUAUGUGAAGGUUGGGACAGUUAAGAAAACUGUGCCUGCAGCAGAUGCAUCCGAAGGAAGCACCUCUGAAACAACAGAGAAAGCUGCUGAUGCCGCCGGCAUCAGCCCUGCAGAUAGUCAAGCAGGUCAUGCUUUAGAAUCCAAGGAGAGUGAUCAGGCAGAUCAUGCUGCUAAAUCAGAGCAUAUAGCAGAAUCAGAGGAAGAUGGUCCGGCAGGUCAGGCAAACCGCAUUGCUAAAUCAGAGCAUAUAGCAGAAUCAGAGGGAGAAGGUCCGGCAGGUCAUUGUGAUGAAGAAGAGCGUAAGACAGAAUUGAAGGUCGAUACUCCAGCAGAACAUGGUGGUGAAGCUGAUGCCGCUGACUGCAGUGCAAAUCUGACGGAAGUCAGUGCAGGCGGAGGAACCAAGGAGUAGUUCAAAUUACUGUUUUGUUCUCGUGGUAAACUGUCACAUAUGCAGGGUUCUGUUGAAUUCCUUGAUUCUCCAGACCUUAUAUAUAUAUAUAUAUAUAUAUAUAUAUAUAUAUAUAUAAAAGAUAGCUGAUAGGGGCUUCUCUUGUAUACAGAUCUGCAUGAUAUAGAACUUCUGGAGUGUUUCUCUUUUCAGAGGCAGGGGAGGGAUGUUUUUGCCCUUUGUGUUUAUUUGUUAGUUCAAUAAGUGCUGCUUGGUGAGACUUUUGAUAAUCUCGUCAUUUUCUGAUAUCUUGUAUGAUAUGAUGUUUGUAGUGAGUAACAGUUGAUGUUUUGCACAGAAUUGCAAUAUGGCGUGGUUAUGAUAGCAUGUUAACGUUUGCUGUGUUUUAA